AUGGAGAAUGUUGUCGUGCUGAUUGUUGGUGCUAGGCCAGCAGGGCUCGCAACGGCGGCAUGCCUUAGCAAGUUCUCAAUUCCCUAUGUCAUCGUCGAGCGCCAGGAUUGCAGCGCGUCACCUUGGUGCAAGCGGGCGUACGAUCGCCUCAAGCUGCAUCUUGCAAAGGAGUUUUGUGAGUUGCCACACAUGUCAUACCUGGUAGAUGCACCAACUUACAUACCAAAAAACACAUUUGUGAAGUACUUGGAUGACUAUAUUGAGCGUUUCAAUAUCCAACCAAAGUAUCUUACUAAUGUGGAGUCAUCGACAUAUGACAAUGACAAAAAACGUUGGUCCAUCGUGGCACAUGACAUGACAACGUGCACAAUAGUCAAGUUCAGAGCAAAGUUUCUUGUCGUGGCAAGUGGUGAGAAUAGUGCAGAGAAUAUCCCAAUGAUCCUUGGGCUGCAAAGUUUUCCUGGUGAUGUCAUCCACUUCUCAAGCUACAAGUCAGGAAAGAGUUACUCUGGCAAGAAUGUAUUGGUCGUUGGAUCUGGCAACUCCGGGAUGGAAAUCUCUUAUGACCUUGCGACCCAUGGUGCCAAUACUUCGAUCGUUAUACGAAGUCCGAUUCAUGUGAUGACGAAGGAAUUAAUCCGCUUGGGGAUGACACUUGCUCAACGUCUUCCACUGAAUCUUGUGGAUAACCUCCUUGUGAUGUCAGCAAAAUUCAUAUUUGGGGACCUAUCGAGGCAAGGCAUCACAAGGCCAAAAAUGGGCCCAAUGACCCUCAAGUCAGCAACCGGCAAAUCCGCAGUGAUUGAUGUUGGCACUGUUGGGUUAAUCAAAAAGGGUAUCAUCAAAGUUCAAGGGGGUAUCAGUAAGAUCAUGGGCAACAUAGUUGAAUUUCAAUGUAGUAAAGAAAUCUCAUUUGAUGCGAUUGUGUUUGCAACUAGAUACAAAAGCACGGCAAACAUAUGGCUCAAGGAUGGUGAGAGCAUGUUAAACGGCAAUGGACUGCCCAUAAAGGAAUAUCCAAAUCAUUGGAAAGGUGAAAAUGGACUUUACUGUGCUGGGUUAGCUAGGAGAGGAUUGGCUAGCAUUGCAGUAGAUGCCAAGAAUAUCGCUAAUGAUAUCAUAUAUGUGAUGGGCUCUGGGUCGAGCUAA